AUGAAUCCUUAUCAAAAAUCUAUUAUAAAUACUUCGUUUGGACGUUUUAUUUUAGUGGCAGACCAUUCCCUUUCUCAAUUAUGGCAAAAAUUAAGCUCUGUUGUUCGAGACUUUAAUUUGUUUCCAUCAACUACACCUUCAACUGAUGAACAUCAACUUCACAAUCAAAGAAUAUCAACUAGAAUAUUCAUUAUUCUGUUAACUGUAUCAUUAACUGUACUUAUCUUAUACACUUCACUUAUCAAUGUCACACAAACUAUUCAUACCAUUUCUCCUACAAUUUCACAAUAUUCACAACUAUAUUCAACUUAUCCGCAAACAUUAUCAUGUGCAUGCACAGAUAUAUCCAUCGAGUAUGAUAAGUUUCUUCAAGUUAAUUAUAAACUACAUCAAAUAUGUACAAGUGUAUUUGUCACUGACUACUGGAUUGAUUAUUUUAAUAAUGCUCGUCCACUAAGUAUCUUGAAUGGUGAUGACUUUCGAGCGUCAGGUUCAUUUAUGUUUCAAGCUCUGAAUACAUUUUGUCAGUUAUCUAAUCAAACCAUAUAUAAUCGCCUUAUUCAGUUUUAUUCAACUCAAUAUGUUAGUGCAUCUGUGACACCACUUCAAGUAUUGCAGUCACAAACUCAAGCAUUUGUUUCGCAAUUUAUAUCAUCAAUGACUAAUGAUUUCUUGUUAUCUAUUUCAACAAUAAGAAAAACAACUCAAACAACAUGUAGUUACGAAUUCCCAAUUUAUAAUCCCACACGUAGCUAUGUAACAUUUACUGUUCCAGGCGUAUACGUAGGAUGUUAUAUAAUUGAAGCACUACUUCAGUCAAAUCUUCAAUGCUUUUAUAAUGAAACAUGUAUCAAUCAAAUACAAUCAUAUUUCACAAAAUAUUUAUCAAUGAAUUUAACAACACUUGAUACUUCAUUAUUAGUUCGAUUUCAUAUGAAUUCUACGAUAGAAGAACUUGUUGAUGGGUUGAUGGUUGAAGAAUGGAACUCAUCAACAAUAUAUGAUGGUUAUUAUAGUGAAUGUCAACCAUCAAAAUGUAGUUAUAGUUAUGAAACAAAAAAUAGUGUAAUCUAUAUAAUAACGACAUUGAUUGGACUAGUUGGAGGAUUAAUCCCAGUAUUGAAACUGGCUGUACCACGAGCAGUUCGACUUGUUGUGUUUUAUAUUCAAAGACGUACAGUAAAACGUAACGCUGUAUUGCCAUUCAUUGAAGGAUAG